CCCGGCGGUUGCCGACCAGAGCGUCACCGGACAAAGGCUCAGUGUGAGCGGGCACUCUCCGACGGACACUCCUCACGCCUUCAAUGCUGUAAAAGUUCACUAUCGGUAUUUUUAAAAUAGAGUUUCUAAUAUAAAAACAGAACAACAGGUGAACGCGACUUGUGUGUGUUUUUUUCUCCUUCCUUCCAAUUCCAUGCAACCUGCUCCGGCUUGUUUGAUGGACUGAAUCAUCAGCACAUUCACGGCGACAGUCUCACCUCUUCGGGCUACUUUUGCUCCCUUUGACGGGACCAGUUUGUGCUUUUUUGGGAUAUUGUACACAUCCUCACGUUUGUGGCGGUCUGCGGGUGUGUAAAAGUGCCCCAGGUGACAAAGAUGGAAGCCCCACUUGCAGGGCGUCUGCGGGCUGUGUUUACUAUCUUCAUCAUCCUCCGCUCCACAGCUUCAAGCGACCGGGACCUGAACUUCUGCGGGACCUGGCGCCACGGCAAACACCCGCUGAGCCUGAGGUUCAACAUCACCCCCGGCUGCGACGGCGUCUCCAUAUCGGCCGACGAGAGGUCUCUGGCCGUCCACGGGCACAUGGCGGCUCAGUGCAGACGCUCCGGUGUGCAUCAACUCAGUCAGGAGGCGUUCGACACCCGAGAGGAGAGUCGCUUCUGCCUGCACUGGGAGCCGCUGCAGGACCAGCUGAAGCUGCAGGUGGGAGGGAAGACCUUCCCUCUCUGCUGGCCCACCGGCAUGCCGGAGUCCUGCUGCACGUACCUGUCCCACGGCUCCAACGCACCCGAGACCGCCUACGGCGUCGCCCACGGGACCAUCGGGGAUGACAUCAUCACGCACAAAACGCUGGCUGCCUACAGUUUCGCCGGAAGCUCGGUCCAGUGCGCAACCUUCUGUCCUGGGGGGAGCCGCGGAUCCGCUCAAGUCAACGUGACCGACCCGGCUGCGAUGGGUUCUGUUGGGAAUGCGGGGGCUCCCUGUGCGGCCCUCAGCUCUGAGGUGGAGAUGGAGGAGGACUUUGGCGGUGCGGACAUCAGCUCGCCUCUGGCGGAAGGCGAGCCCCCGGAGCUGGUGACCUCCAUCCACCUCCCCCCGGCCUUGAAGCAGGCCGCAAAAACCAACAGCAAAGUCGUCUACACCUUCUUCAAAAACAACUCUCUGUUCCAGGAGGGCCUCGAGGAGGCGAGGAUCCUGGACGACGUGGUGGAAAUCUCCAUCGGCAACGAGGUCAUCAGGGACCUGCCCGAGCCAAUCAGGAUUGGCUUCCAUCAUCACGUCGUCCCUAAAACACAUUCACGGACGUGUGUCUCGUGGGACGCCAGGAGAGAUCCGAUGAAGGUGAAGUGGUCGGUGGCGGGAUGUAAGACGCAGCAGAGAGGAUCCAAACACACGGAGUGUCUGUGUGACCAUCUGACCUACUUCACAGUGCUGGUGCAAGUGAAGCCUGGCCCGGUGCGCCACCUCCUGGCUUUGACUGCCAUCACAUCUCUUGGCUGCGCCGUGUCGGUCAUCAGCUGCAUCGCUCUCAUCGUCUUCCUCUGCAGGAGAAGGCGAGCGAAGGACCCGUCCACACCCAUCCACCUGGGCUUGGCCGUGUCCCUCACCUUCCUCAACCUGCUCUUCUUCUUCACGGGGGUCCUGGCGAACGUGGGCGGCCACGAUCUGUGCGUCCUGGCGGCGGCGGGCCUCCACUACGCCCUGCUCAGCUCCUUCUCCUGGAUGGGGAUAGAAGUUUUCCACACCUUCUGGCUGGUCUACGUGGUCUUCAGACCCUCGCCAAACCUCUGUGUGUGGAACCUGCUGGGCUUUGUCCUCCCCGCGGUGCCCAUCGUGGUCCUGGCUGCGGUAGGAGACGUUUACGGCCUGAGGGAGGUGGCGUCCAGCGAGGACGAAGACGAUCCCUUUCUGAUGUGCUGGAUGAAGAAGAAUGACGCGGCUUUGCUGGCUCACUACUUCACCAACCUCACCUUCCUGGCCAUCCUGGUGUCUGCGGGCCUGGUGAUGCUCUUCCUGGUCUACAGGGAGAUCCGGCCCAGGGACGAGUGGCGGAAGAACCGCGUGGCCUUCUUCAGCAUCUGGGGCCUCAGCUGUCUCUACGGGACCACCUGGGGUCUCACCUUCCUGGACUUUGGACCCUUCUCGGACUUUAUUCUCUUCCUGUCCUGCAUCCUCAACUCUUUCCAAGGCUUCCUGCUGAUGCUGCGGUUCUGCGUGCUGGACUGGAUGCGCAAACACCAGGUGAGGAUGAAAGAGUCGCCCGCCAAGGUUCGCCACGUGCCCGCGUCGCCGUCCACCAUCAGCCAGGAACCCCUGGAGCCGCUUUGCUCCAGUUCUUGACCCUUCCCGCCUGACCGGCGUCACUCAGGUAAAGCCUUCACGCGGGCCUGGAGCCUGCAUGUCUGUCAAGAUCUACAACACCUAGACUGGCUCUAGUUGUCCAAGGGAAUCUUUUUUUUUUUUAAUCAGAGCAAAAUGAAGCUUUAUUUGCAGACAGUCCCUGCACUGAUAUUUCCUCUUUGCUGUUUGGACCUCAGCUAAUCUUUGGAUUUGGGUUGUGUACGGUUUUAGCACUUUAGAUUUUCUAUGUGUUCAUGUCUGGGGAGGGCGUGUUCUAUGAUGCUGUUUGGAUCCGUUGUCUGACAACUUGUCCAAAACGAAUUAUGUAAAUAAAUACUACGAUCAUUAUUGGACCGAUGUGAGGGAAUUAUGAUAUCAUACCGAUAAAUCCGAUAACAUUAAAAAUAGCUCCGAUUGUAUUAUUAUUAUUGGGGCCACGUUGAAAAAUAUAUUCAUAUCUGAGAUUUGGAGAAUAAAGUGGUAAAUUUAUGAGGAAAAAAGUCGUAAGAUUAGGAGAACAAAGUGGUGAUAUUAGACGUCUUAAGUGUCGGAAGCUUUUGUGUAGAACGUGGCAGCAAAACACAGCAUGUAGCGUUUAGAUUAGCAUGUGGCUAGCUAGCCCUGCUCACUUCCGUCUUCUGCACACUGACCCGCCCACAUGCCCAAGACCGGGGGUCAUCACAUAAGCCCCCCUUUUUCAUAGCUGUCUCAGGCAAUGCCUGGAGCAUAAAGUUAGCAGUUUUUGCUCCUAAAUUCACGACUUUAUUCUCCGAAUGCUGCAGGUUUUUUCUCAUAAAUGUGUGACUUUAUUGUUGCAAAUGUACAACUUUACUCUCAAAAGCUCCCAUUAUUUUAAUACUUUAAUAUGUUGUAACAGGCAUCGCCUGAGACAGCUAUGAAAGGGGGUGGCCAAUAUUACAACUUUUUUCCCCAUAAAUGUAUGACUUUAUUCUCGUAAUUGCACAAUUUUUUUCUCGUAAAUUUACAACUUUAUUCUUGUAAAUUUACUUUUUUCCCCCAUAAAUUUACGUCUUUACUCUCAUAAAUUUAUGAUUUUUUUCAAGUAAAUUUAUGACUUUUUUUCAGAAAUGUACGACUUUAUUCUCUGAAAUUUAUGACUUCAUUCUCAUAAGUGUACGACUUUUACGACUUUUUUCUCGUAAAUUUACAAUGUUAUUCUCGAAAUCUCAGAUUUUUUUUUUUUUUUCAAUGUGGCCCUAACACUCUGUCAUAAGCGAUAACCGAUCAUUUUUUAAAAACACGCUCCAAUGAGGCGAGAUUACCCGUAUGUUUUUUUUUUGCACAAACUACACUUAAAUGUACAUUUUUAAAAAGAAGAUGGGAAAAGUUAGCAGUUAUCGGUAUCACAUCGGUCUUGAGAAGCAGAAAGUUAUCUGUGUCGGUUUGAAAGAAAAAAAGUACCGUUAUUUCCUGAUUUAGUGGCAGGAUUUUUCACUCAAGUGCAGAGAGCGCUAGGCAUUCAUCACUUUUCCUGAAAUGUUUGCGCUGCACUUUUCCCUCUCCUCAUCAACUUCAGCUUUACAGAUGCCACCUCGGUGUGGGGUGACGUCUACCACGACACGUGAUGGUGUCACAUAUCAUAAUAAAGCGGCACCUCCAAACGCCACACUUUGUACAAUUUUUGGGAUAUUAUGUUUAGCAGCUUUUACGAAGUUCAGCUUUACAGAUGCCACGUUUUGAGCUAAUUACCGCCCCCUAGCGGCACCGAUCUGAGGUGCAGCAUUUAUGUAAUUGACGGAUGCACCCGGCGAUUAAUUGAAUUGGAGCGGAGGCCGGAUGUCGGCUCCUCAGGUGUCCCGUGUGAUAUGUGGCGGUAUUUUGGAGGCCCGGCGUUUAUUAGAGCGGAGGCCACUAUUUGAGGAAAUACGCUAAGCACAUAAAGAAAGGGACGUUUAUGAGGGUGGAAUUAUUUUUGUUGCAUUCGGACGCCCUGACGAUUGCGGUCACCGUAACGAGAGCACAACACGUGUCCCAAAAAGGGAACAAAGGCAUUUAUUUUGAAAGCACAGCUUGUUCCAAAAGGGCGUUUCACAUUUCAUGUUACGCAACGACGCAGGGCGUUGGAAGUCAUCUGAUCUGUUUUGGAGAAAAGAUACAUUUAGCUGGUAUCAUUUGGCCAACAUGGUGUACUUUGGAAGUAGUACUUUGUCACAUUAUGUGUUUUUGUUUCUUUCCCCGUAAGAGUGAAUGUGAAUUGUUAGAAACUGUGACAUUUGCACUACUUGUGUGUCUUCUGUUGUCGUUCUGCUUGUUGAUUGUAAAUAAACAU